UUUGGGCGUCGCGUGCGGCGGAGGAAACGAGGGCGAGCGUCCGUCCGUGGCGAAAGCCGACAGCCAAUUCGCCCAAUCCCUCAAAGUUUAAUCGUGCUUCCCCCUUGUCCCCUCGUCCCUCGUCCUCUCCCUCUAGAGUUCCGAUGGCCGACGAGGACGUCUCGGGGAGCCACACCGACGGCUCCUCCAUCACUUCGAGCUCCGAUGGCGAUCACGAGGAUCCGAUGGAGCUAAAGCCAAUGACCGCAGUGGGUGUAAAGCGUUUAUGUUCAGAGCUCCUUGCGAUAAAGAAGGCAUCGGAUGAGGACUUGAAUAGAAAUGUCUACUCAUGUUAUUCAGCCUUUGUUAGGAUACUUGAAGAAGUACCACGAGUGAAGUGUGAUCUUGAGGAGCUGAAACAACAUGUUUUAAACCAAAGAAUGCUCGUUCAAGAUCUUAUCAACAGUCUCUAUCUGGAGAAACCAUCAUCCAAUAAUUCAACAGAAACCAAAGCGCAAGGCAUAGAAGAUCUUGAUCUGCAUUCUGAUGGAGAGCUUGGAUCCGACCUUUGUGACGCUUUGGACACAUUGGACAUUUCUCUCUGAUCAAGUAAAUAAUGCUAUCGAGUCUUCUACAGAUGAUGAACUAAACUUUACAAUGGAUGCAAACGGAAGAACAUUCCUCACCGAUGAGUAUGUCAUACUUUUGUGCAAUAUCAGAUUGGACUGCCAGCAUAGCUAAACAGUUCCUUUCUUGAUCGAGCACCCAAGAGUGGCUCAGCCAAAAUUACAGAUGGUACUAUUUGGAGUUUGUAGGCUCCUAAAAGAAGUAAUGUUCCAAAAAGCGAAGUUUGUCUUCUCAGUUAUUUUCUGUAGCGGCAAAAAUGUGUUACUAUGUUACAAGAUGAAGCACAGCAAUGCACCAGAGAAGACAACUAUGUGUUGUCCACUCAUUAGCAGUGGAAAAACAAUUGGCACAUUACAAAUUACUGGAAAAUAGUGUAAGUUUUGA